AUGGAUCUUGAAGACGGGGGCGAUUCGCCCUGGGGCGAGUCUACUUCGAAAGCAGAGCCCUCCGAAUCAACCAGCACCCCCUCACAACCCGUCAAAUCACCUACCACACGACACCUGCGAACCCCACGCCGCGCUGGCGCCCAAACUGUUCGACUUGAAGCGCUCGAUGACUCUUUGGGCCCUUUGGGACCCCUUGGAGACAAUGCGCCGACACCGACUGUAGAGCAGCCUCCUGCGCCACCGCAGAAGGAGCAGACCUCCUUAACCCACAACCUACGGCAGCCCUUAGCCUCAUCCCAGAGCUCGAUUAGCAGGAAUAUGCUAGAUUCUGUCGAUUUGAAUGAUGAGGCAGAAUCGCCUAUUGGUCCAAGAAUUCCUCCCCCCGUGGAACCGUCUCCGGUAUCUCCUGUAAAGAGGGACACGCAGCCUAGUGUUAGCAUUGAGCAGGCUGCCAAGCCUACUUUUCAUAUAUCAGUAGGGGAUCCGCAUAAGGUUGGGGAUUUGACAAGCUCGCAUAUUGUUUAUCUUGUAAAGACGAAGACCACUUCGAAAGCUUAUCGCGAACCUGAAUUCGCUGUUACUCGAAGAUAUAGAGAUUUUCUAUGGCUCUAUAAUUCGUUGCAUGCGAAUAAUCCAGGUAUUGUCGUUCCUCCACCUCCGGAGAAGCAAGCUGUCGGACGAUUUGAUACGAAUUUUGUCGAAUCACGACGAGCCGCUCUAGAGAGAAUGCUUAACAAGACGGCUGCGCACCCUACCCUUCAGCAUGAUGGGGAUUUAAAAUUGUUCCUUGAGAGUGAGUCGUUCAAUGUAGAUGUUAAGCACAAGGAACGGAAAGAACCAGCUCUCGGGGAGAGCAAGGGAUUGUUUAGUGGGAUCGGGCUAUCUGUUGGAGGAGGGGGGAAGUUUGUCGAGCAAGAUGAGUGGUUCCAUGAUCGUCGAGUAUAUCUGGACGCCUUGGAAAACCAGCUGAAGGCUCUCUUAAAGGCUAUGGAUGUAGUUGUCACUCAACGGAAAGGGCUCUCCGAAGCAGCGGGGGAUUUCUCUGCUUCUCUCCACGCGCUCUCCACUGUCGAGCUCUCUGCAUCAUUAUCUGGCCCACUAGAAGGGCUUUCAGACCUACAAAUCCGAAUCAAGGAGCUCUACGAUAGACAAGCCCAGCAAGAUGUCCUGACUCUCGGCAUCACAAUUGAUGAAUACAUCCGCUUAAUCGGAAGCAUCAAGCAAGCAUUCGGCUCACGUCAGAAAGCGUACCAUGCAUGGCACUCAGCCGAAUCGGAACUGCAAAAACGCAAAUCGACACAAGACAAGCUUUUGCGCCAAGGCAAAACACAACAAGAUCGUUUGAACCAGAUGAAUGCAGAGGUAGCUGACGCUGAGCGUAAAGUUCACCAAGCAAGAUUGUUGUUUGAGGAUAUGGGCAGAUUGAUGAGGGGCGAGCUCGAGAGAUUUGAGCGUGAGAAGGUAGAGGACUUUAAGAGUGCUGUGGAGACUUUCUUAGAGAGUGCUGUUGAGGCUCAAAAAGAGCUCAUCGAGCUCUGGGAAACAUUUCUUAUGCAACUUGACGCCGAAGAAGAUGAGAAUGCAUUCUACAAGCCACCUGUUGAAGCUGCUGCACGGCCUUCAGAAGAAACUGCAGCAGAUUCUCAGGCUGCAGCAGUUGUUACUGCUGAGGGUGAGGAUGAAUAA